AUGCAUUUGUCUUCUCACAUGUCUCUCAAGAUUUCCCAUGUCUACGCGUGCACAAAACUUCGUAUACAAUCAAGUAUUACACAUACAUCCUGUCUCCUGCUGAUAAUCAAUCACAUCAUACCUGUCUUUUGUGUACAUACACAUCUAUGCUCGAGCCAUACGCCCAACCAAAAGAGCUGCCUCACCACGUUCUCCGUUCCCCUAUUCCAAUUCUCGGUAACUUUUAUAUAG